GCUCCCAUUAUUAUCAUACUGACAUUAGUUCAUCAUCACCACACCACACUACCACCACACCACACCAUCACCACUACAACGCCACCUUACAGAUGGACUUCGAUGAGAUCCUGUAUGACCUCGGGGAGUACGGUACCUACCAGAAGAUGAUCUUGUGGUUCUUGCUGCUACCUGGUACUAUGCCCUGCGGCUUCCACGCCUACAACCAGCUCUUCAUGGCUUCCACGCCCGACCACUGGUGCAGGGUCCCAAGCCUCGACCACGCCAACCUUUCUCUAUACCUCACCAAGAAUCUCAGCAUCCCGUACGACAACGAGACGCAGCAAUACAGCCGCUGCCUGAGGUACGACUACAAUUACACGGAACAGUUUGAGACUCUGGAUGACCUCUCUCAGGUGUGGGGAAGAGGAGGGGUCACCCGACCUCCCGACACCACCAAGGUCAUCCCUUGUGACCUAGGGUGGCACUAUGACCUCGAGAAGCACGCCACCUCCGUUGUGUCUGACUGGGACCUGGUGUGUGAGAAGAGCUUCUUGCCUACCCUGGCACUGGUCUUGCUGGGUACCAGCGGCCUCGUCGGGAAUUUCCUCUUCGGCUACAUCCAAGACGGGUGUGGGCGUCGACCAGCCUUCUUUAUCUACCUGUUGAUGAAUGCGUCUUCGGCAUCGCUACUGGCCUACACGCCCACGUUCAACCUGUGGCUGGUGUGUCGGUGUGGGCGUUGGGCUUCACGUAAACCAGCGAUAAUGUCCACGCCCAUGGUUCUAGCCAUUGAACUGGUGGGGCCGUCACAGAGGACCUACUCCACUGUGAUCAUGAACGUGGCAUACUCAUGCACCCUCAUCAUUCUGGCUGGUGUGGCAUACCUGGUGAGGGACUGGACGCAGCUGGCGCUGGCUACAACCAUACCAUUUCUCGCCUUCUUCUUAUUCUGGUGGGUGCUGCCUGAGUCACCCAGGUGGCUGAUAGCGAAUGGCAGACUGAGUGAAGCAGAGAAAAUCAUGAGGAAGAUGGCCAGAGUCAACGGCAGAACUCUGCCACCUGACUACAUGACCAACCUCAGGAGGAAGUACGAGGUGGAGCAGUACCAGAGAGGACGAGAGGGUGUCCACACCAGCGAUACUUAUGGUGUCUUAGACCUCUUCAAGACACCCAACCUGUGUCGCAAGACACUCAUUAUCACUUUCAUCUGGUUCACCAACACCUCAGUAUAUGUAGGACUCUCCUACUACGCACCGUCCCUGGGAGGGGACGCUUACCUCAACUUCUUCCUGGCUGGUGUGGCAGAGUUACCCACAUACCUCUUCUUGUGGCCGUCGAUGGAGUACUGGGGCAGGAGAUGGACCUUGUGUGUCUCUAUGAUCGUAGGAGGCAGCGCCUGUGUCGCUACUGUGGUCACACAGAAUGACCCCGUGGUGACACUGGUCCUUUACUGUGUGGGCAAGUUUGGCAUCUCUUCUUCCUUCGUGGUGCUGCCACUGAUGGCCUCUGAGCUGUACCCGACGGUGGUGAGGGGCAUGGGUCUCUCUGUCUCAGCCGUGGCGGGUAUGGUUGGCCCCAUCGUCAUCCCGCUCAUCAACUACUUGGGGUCAGAGAUGAUGGUGCUGCCGCUGAUCAUCAUGGGCAUCCUGCUCAACCUCGGGGGAGUCUUCUCCCUGCUGCUGCCGGAGACGCUGCACCAGCACCUGCCACAGACGCUGCAGGAGGGCGAGGACUUCGGCAAACACUGGACGCUCGCAGACUACUGUACCUGCUGCCCUCAGCAACCGAGCAGCAUGAACGGCGUAGCUCACUCGAUGUCAGGCAAGAUGACCAUCUAUGAGGGAGUGCCUGAAGGACCAGCUGGCGAGGCCACCUUCCCUGGGACGAAGUUAGUCUCACAGCAAUCAUAUAAGCAACAGCUGGAUGAACGAAGCUAGGAAGCAGGAGCAGGAGCAGGAGCAGGAGCAGGAGCAGGAGCAGGAGGAAGAAUUGGCGACAGGGAACGAGGUAGCAGACCUCAGUCAGUAGUGUUACUUGAUGACCUGUCCAGUUCCAUUAUUAUUAAUGCCAGUGGUGGUGGUGCCACUGUGGGUGCCACUUCUGUUGCCUCUGUUGCUGCCACCAUAGGUGCCAUUUCUGGUGCCAGAAGCAGGAAGAAGAGG